AUGGAGAGAAAAGAGAAUCCCAUGAAACAAAUAAAGCUAGAGAAGAUUUGCUUGAACAUUUGUACCGGAAAGAAUGAUGAUUCAUUAAACAAGGCAGCAAAAGUGCUUGAACAAUUAUCUGGCCAGUCACCAGUCUUUAGUAAAGCAAAGAUUACUCUCCGUGCAUUCGGAAUUAGAAGAAAUGAAAAGAUUGCUACAAAUGUGGUUAUCAGAGGAGAGAAAGCAAUGGAAGUACUUACAGCAGGAUUACGUGUAAAGGAGUAUGAACUACCAUACACAUGCUUUUCCAGCACAGGAACAUUCGGGUUUGGUAUACAGGAGCACAUUGACCUUGGUAUAAAAUAUGAUACUAACAUAGGUAUCUUUGGAAUGGACUUUAGUGUAGUACUGGCUAAGCCUGGAAAGAGAGUCAGUCAAAGAAGAAAGUGCAAGGCAAAGGUAGGAAAGAAUCAGAGAGUAUCCAGAGAUGAGGCCAUUAACUGGUUUAGAACUGUCUUUGAUGGGACUGUUUUAGUAGAGAAGACUGCUGAUAACUAAAAAAUAAAUC